GCCCCGCCCCGCGUGCUUCGAUAUUUUAAAAAUUUGGUGCACCUGCGCCAAGUCUAUCUUUCUUCUCUUUUUUCUCUUGGGAAGAAGAUCACUCUCAAUCGCGCCGACCUGGUCAAUCAAUUCGAUUUCCACCUUGUCGUCCGUCUUCGACCUCGCUGCUCAUCAAGCUUCUAUCUACCGUGUGUUUCUUCUUGAUUAUCUCGAAUCAACUACACACGAUGCCUGCCACCAACGGCCAAGCACCUGUCGUCAACGGCAAGUCUAACUUCCUUGACCACACCAAGGCUGUGGAGCUCCUCAAGGAGUACGAGUCCUACGAUGGCCUCUCUCUCCAUGAGUUAAUGGACACCAAGACCCGUGGCGGCUUGACGUACAAUGACUUCCUCGUCUUGCCGGGCUAUAUUGGUUUCCCAGCCUCGGAGGUUUCUCUCGAUUCCCCAAUCACGAGGAAUAUUACCUUGAAAACCCCAUUCGUUUCGUCUCCUAUGGACACUGUUACCGAGCACGAAAUGGCUAUUCACAUGGCCCUACAGGGUGGGCUGGGUGUCAUUCACCACAACUGUUCCCCUGACGCCCAGGCAGAGAUGGUCAGGAAGGUCAAGAGGUACGAAAACGGCUUCAUCAACGACCCCAUUGUCAUCAGCCAGGAUACUACCGUUGGGGAGGCCAAGGCCUUGAAGGAGAAGUGGGGAUUUGGUGGUUUCCCUGUUACAGCCACUGGAAAGCUUGGCUCUAAGCUUCUCGGUAUCGUCACUAACCGCGACCUACAAUUCGAAGAAGACAUGAGUCUGUCGAUUGAGAAAGUAAUGGUCACGGACCUCAUUACUGCCCAAUCCGGCGUUACCCUCCUCGAAGCAAACAAAAUUCUAGCCCAGUCGAAGAAGGGCAAGCUGCCCAUUGUUGACAAGGACUUCAACCUCGAGUCCAUGAUCUCCCGCUCCGAUCUGACCAAGAACCUUCACUUUCCUCUGGCCUCCAAGCUCCCUGAUUCUAAACAGCUCAUCUGUGCCGCUUCUAUUGGAACCCGGCCCGAAGACAAGAUACGUCUCAAGAAGCUCAUAGAUGCCGGCCUGGAUGUUGUUAUACUCGACAGCAGCCAAGGAAACAGCAUGUAUCAGGUUGAAAUGAUUAAGUGGGUGAAACAAGAAUACCCCAAGCUUGAUGUUAUCGGCGGAAACGUCGUUACCCGUGAGCAGGCUGCCAACUUGAUUGCUGCUGGCGUCGAUGGUCUACGAAUUGGUAUGGGUAGCGGAAGCGCCUGUAUCACCCAAGAAGUUAUGGCUGUUGGUCGACCCCAAGCUGCUGCCGUUUACUCUGUAUCUGCCUUUGCUGCUCGCUUUGGCAUACCUACCAUCGCUGACGGAGGUGUGCAAAAUGUUGGUCACAUCGUAAAAGGUCUGGCCCUUGGUGCCUCCACCGUCAUGAUGGGCGGCUUGCUUGCUGGUACGACCGAGUCACCCGGCACUUCAUUUGUGUCCCGAGAAGGUAAGCUUGUUAAAGCCUACCGUGGUAUGGGCAGCAUCGACGCCAUGCAGGACAGGAAAGCAGCUGCUGGAAAUAAAAACCAUCAGGCUAGCAAUGCCGGUACUGCUCGGUACUUUAGCGAGGGAGACAGCGUCCUUGUGGCCCAAGGCGUGUCUGGUGCUGUCGCGCACCGUGGUUCUAUCAACAGCUUUAUUCCCUACUUAGCUGCUGGUGUCAAGCAUUCCAUGCAAGACUGUGGCCAAAAGAGUUUGGUCGAGUUGCAUGAACAUGCUGCCGACGGUAGCCUGCGGUUCGAGAUUCGAACUGCCAGCGCUCAGCUCGAGGGCAACGUCAACAUGGAGAGUUAUGAGAAGAAGCUCUACGCUUAAAGUGCUACUCGUGUAUCAGAAAUGCGUGCACGGGGUUUUUCAAUCCUUAAGAGACUUCACGCGAGUGAAAUGUCUUCGAUGGCCUCAAUACCGGUCGGCUACACUUCGCUAGCUAUAAUAGGUACUUUUGCAUGAAUGAUUGAUGGCCAAUGAUGGGGUAAUGAACAUAUCGCACACGGUAAAAGGCGUUUAGGUCGGGGAUGGGUUACUGGAUUCGAGCGAGGGUAUGGGGCAAAAGUUACGUCCGUUUGCAAGUUGAUAAGCCACGCUUAAGUCACAUGAAAUCUGUCGGCAUAUUACGAAGAAUGUCAAACGGUUUCCAAUUCAAAGGCCUUCA